CAGUUUUACUUGAUCAAUAUUUAAUCAAACCUUUUCAGACUUACACAGCGCCGACCAAUAAAAUCCCGAAUUCCAACGAGGAAAGUUACGAUUUAGACGAUGUGGGUCGUCACUUUGUCAAACGUUGUAUAGAGGUGUUGGAGAAGCGCGGGCUGGAGGAGCAGGGAAUUUAUCGUGUGGUUGGAGUGACUUCCAAGGUAAAUAAGCUCCUGACAAUGGGGCUGGAUCGGAGAAAAGCCGAUAAAGUGGCUCUUGAUGACCCGCAAGAAUGGGAAACCAAAACCAUAACCACCGCUCUGAAAACGUAUUUGCGCAAUCUGCCCGAACCGCUGAUGUCUUUCAAGCAUCACAACGACUUUAUCAACGCCGUCAAAAGGGAAUCCAGGCAAAACAUGGUGCACGAAGUGCACAAGCUGUUAUACAAGCUGCCGAAAACCAACUUGGAAGUGCUGAGCAUUUUGAUUAAGCACCUGACAAAGAAGGAGCCGAUUGCGAUAUAUGCGCUAGCGAGUAGUCUGUGCUCUACGUCUCUUUUCCCACAGAACAUCCACUUCUGUGCCUUUUCCAGCUCAAUGUAGAAUUAGGGUUGGGUUUUACUUUUUAGGCAAUUUCAGGUAAAAUAACUAUAUUUUAUAUAUUUUAGCAAAUGUAUCCUGAGAAGUCGUUGAAUAUAAAUGAAAGUGCUGAAAUAGCCUUUUGACAUUAAUUAGUAAAAUGAUUGUAAGGUUAUUAUUUGGCUGCAAUUACGUCAUCACAGACAAAGCAAAUUGGGCCCUCCCAACAGAAACGUUAUUUAUCCUAGUCGCCUGUGGCAGCUGGCAGCAUCUCGUUUUUAUCUAUGGUUAAUUUGUACUCUGUGUUGUAGUCGUAAAUAGUGUGAUGGAAAGGUAGAAAUUCUCUGUGUGAGUUUAUCCGAAAAUAAAUAGUUGUAAUAUCUCA